AUGAAUGUUAUUGAAAAAUUAUUUUUUUCCACGCAGCAAGAGUAAAAUGUAUUGAAUAAUUUUAUAAAAAAAAAUAACAGAAAAAAAAUAAUUAAAAUUUUAUUAAAAAGAAUUCGCCAAAGUGUUUUUUUACAAAAUUGGGACAAAAGGAUUUAAAUAAACAAAAUUUAAGUACACCCAAAAAUGGCGCGCAAACAAAUAGCUACCAUGGACCGGAUUAUUUUAUGUUCGCUGUUGAGCUUAAUGCUUAUAGUUAAAGGCACCGAAACAUCACCCAGUAGCAGUAGUAGAUACCAAGACAAUUAUAUUGAGGAAGACAAAUACACGCCGGGAUUUUUAACGCUGGGACAAAAGUACAGCAUCGCAAUUGGGUCAACUGUCAUCUUACCCUGCAAAAUUAAUGAAACUGACAAACCGGAAGAUUAUGUGCUCGCCUGGAAGAAAGACAUUGCCAUUCUCACAGCGGGUCCCGUAAAAGUCAACAUGAAUCCCCGUUAUCGGCUCAUGCCGUCGACAGCGAGUCCCGGCACUGUGGGCGCGUCGCAUGGCUACAACUUGGAGAUCAAGGACGUUCGGACCUCGGAUGCCGGCGAAUAUGUGUGUCAGCUGGGAACAAUUGUGCCGCGUGAAAUUGUGCAUACGCUCGAAGUGAUGGUGCCACCAAAAAUUGAUUUUGUGUCGCCGCCAAGUCGUUUAGAUGCUUCGAAGAACUCGGCGAUCCGGUUGGAAUGUCGCGCUUCGGGAAAUCCGCAACCGAAGAUAAUUUGGACGCGUAAAAAUAACGUAAUGCCAAACGGUGAAGCGAAUGUCACGGGAAAUGUACUCGAAAUUAUGCAUGCGACACGACACACUGCCGGACAUUAUCGGUGCACAGCUGACAAUCGGGUUGGGCAAACAGACACGCGCGAAAUUUUUGUCAAUGUUUUGUAUGCACCCGAAAUCGAAGUAGAACGAGGAUUCGUACACACUGGAGUCGGAUUUGAGGCACAACUGACUUGUGUAGUUCAUGCCGAACCACAACCGCAUGUAAUCUGGUACAAAGACACUACACAGCUCGGCACGACGGAACAACAUUCCCAACAGAAUCGUGGCAACAAAUACAGCUUAAUCAUUCGUAAUGUUACGCAUUCCGAUCUCGGUAACUACACAUGUCAAGCGUCAAACAGUUUGGGACGGGAUCGUGGUUACUUGACCUUGAGUGGCAUUCCUUCGAUUUGUUUCUUUGACUCGCCCACUGUAGGUCACUAUCGUGAUCAAUACAACAUCACAUGGACCGUUCAAAGCUAUUCACCGAUCCGGGAGUAUCGUUUAUUCUAUAGAAAACAAUAUACAAAGACCGCAAUGUACCACGACAAAGAAAAUCUAAUAUUUGCUGGAAAUAAAUACAACUACGGUCUUGGCAUUGAAAACCAAUGGGAAAAUGUCGUAAUUCCUGAAGUGUAUGACGAACAAGGAUUACGUUAUCGGAGCUAUGCGGGAUAUGAACACGUUCAAAACACACGACACCGCAGAAGCUUCUUGAUUAAAGGAUUGGUGCCAAGCACAAACUACGAAGCACGAUUACAAGCCCGAAAUGACCAUGGAUGGAACAAAUUGUCAAGCAUUUUCCAUUUCACCACAGCUUCAGAAGACGUUGAACCCUCUGCUCAACCCGCCGUCGGGCACGGAUUACUCGAUAAGGAAUUCUUCAGUAGCUCAAAUCAAUUAGAAAGCACAUUGCUCCCACUUUUACUGUCAACUGUCUCAACAUUACUCGUGGCUUUUGUACUGUCACGCAGCUAAAUAGCUUAAGUUACCACCAAAAAAAACAACACAAAAACCCGAGAUUACAAGGAGAUUAAACAUUAA